AUGAAACCCCCUCAGUUCACCAUCCCUCCUGAGUUCCAGGCAGAACUCAGAUAUGUCGAGCCUCUUGAUGCCCGUACAGAUGAGGAAAUCAUCUCGUCCCUCAACGUCUUUACUCCGGUGGAAUCGGAGAAAACAUUUGGGCAUACUGGCACUCAGGCAUAA